CUUUGCUUUAUUUCUGGUUGCAGGUUCGAGUUUCGGGAUUUCCCGGCAAGAUUAGCGGAAACCCGAAAAUCACGGGAUUUAGGCGUCAGACCGCGGACGUCGACCGCGGCUCACGUCCGUCCGUGGAAAUCGAUCCGAGAGGGACAGUUACGCGCCCAGUCCCGCGGCCUAUCUCCGCGGCCUGGUGCUGUCCGCGUCUUGUGGUUGUUCAACGUCCGCGGUCCAGUCCCGCGGUCUGGUUCAGUCCGCGGAAAUCAAUCCGAGAGAGUCAGCUCUCGUGCCCAGUCCCGCGGCCGUCCGACGCGGCUUACUCCCGUCCGCGGCCUCGCCCAGGUAAGUCUCUCUCUCUUUGGCCGGUUUAGUUUAAGUGAACCAAAACCCAAUUGCACCUAAACCAGACCCAAUUUGCCCACCUCUCUCCUCUAAAUCAUAAAAUCUCUCUCUCACCUCAUAACUCUCUCCAUCCCAUGAACAAACACUCAACUCUCAUCUCUCACACAAAAACACAAAUCCAUUGAUUCUUCACCAAAAUUCGAAAUCUAUAGUACAUUUUGAAGGAUCUCUUGUGCUCUUAGUGAAUCCUAAACCAAACUUCACUACCAUUCAUCUCUCAAUCCAAGGAAAUGGCAAAAACAAGAGGUGAUUUACCGAAGAAGUUUACUGCCCCAAAGAAAGGAUUAAUUGAUGGGGGAGAUGCAAGCACUUCGAACAACAAGAAUGAUCAAGCUCAAGAAAAGAAGAAAGUUGAUAAGGGAAAGGAUGUGGUUAUUGAGGCUGAGGAUUCUGAUCAUAAUUCGAGCGGAAGUGAGGGACAGGUUCAAGCCAAAAAGAGGAAGAGAGUGGCUAAGAAGCCAACUAUCAAAGUACCAUCAGCCACCGCAAUCAACAAUAAACUUAGAGCCAUGGAUAUUCAUCCCUCUCUAUUUGUUGAUGAGGAAAUACUUGAGAAGUUGGGGAUUCUCUCCGAUGUGCAACUUCUUCUUAGGAACAUGGGACUUUGGAAAAUGAUGUCUACAUGCCAAAGAGGAUAUCCAGUACCAGCCUGUCAAUUCCUAUCAACCCUUGAAGCAACUUUCCACAUCUCUCAUGAUCCACAUGAGACGGAGGGUCAUGGCUUUAUCACUUUCAAGGUGGAUAGAAAGUCUUACACGAUGGGUUUCAAAGAGAUUGCAAGCGUAAUGGGGCUUCGGGACAGAAAGAGGCAUAAGUUCAAGAAGUUUGAGGGUGAACUCAAUAAGUUUUGGAAGGAGAUUGGAGCUGGUGAGUACGACAUUAGCGCCAUCAAGUCCGCUGACAUCCUCCACCCAGCUCUUCGCUAUGUUCAUAAGCUCUUGGCAACCACCUUAUAUGCAAGAAAAGAAGUGGGGAGGAUUGUGCAAGACGAACUGCACUUUCUAAUUUUCGGGAUUGGCUCGAUUACCACAGAUUAUAGACAAGGGCGCUAUGAGCAUCAACCGGGAACAGUUGGGAUUUUUAUCGAGCGUCUUAUCUACUACAAGAAGUGGGCAUGGACGAGCCAUGACAAGAAACCAAAGUUGUUUAUCUUGGGACUCAUCACACCCUUGCUUGAAGCGAUGAAUAUUCCACUAGUCGGCGACGAAAUUGAAUUCGCUGUGAUGGACGAGGUACAUCUAGACCGGACUGGUUUCUUGGAUGGGAUCCUUGAUGGGAAGUAUAUCUACCGCUACAAAAAAGGGUCAAGGAAAGAAUCUUGCAGCGUGCUUCUCCCAUGCCUUCCUUCCACCUCAUUGCGAUACCGGGAAAACCUCACAUUCCACCCUCCUCCUUCAGCACUUUUUCAUCCAGCCACACAAGAAAUGCCCUUGAAGAUUUCAAGGAAGAAGAAGCAGCCAGGUGAUGAUUCUACUGAGUCCGAAGAUGUUGAGCAGCCUAUUCCGAGCACAGUUUAUGGGAGUUCCCGCUACUACUUUGAGCCUCUAACAACUCCUCUCCCUGACGGUCCACUACGUGAUGCCCACAACCAGAUCAGAGCACUUCAGCGAGGUCAAAAGUAUCAGGAUAGGACCAUCUCAAGGCUAGUAAAAUCAAUAAACUACUUAGCGGGAAAGCUGAAGAAGUUGACCAUGAGGACAAAGAGAUCUCAUGCUUCAACAACAGAAGCAAGUGAGGAGGGAAUCCGGGAUGACAUGCAAACAGAAGCGACUGGGCCGGUACAAGAUCACCGACAUUCUUAUCAUGGAGAUGCCACUGCCACUCAGUCCUAAUAUGAAGCGCCUCGCUCAUCAGUCCGCGAACCACGUGAGCGCAGAAACCGACGCCAAAGGCAUCCAGUCCUUUCACUACCUUCUCCGGACACUGACAACGAGUCGCCCUUUGUCCCUACCUCGGACACGGAUGAGCAGCUCGGUCACACCGAGCCAUGAGGUACCACACCUCUUUCCUCUCAUUGUAUAUACCGUUUUUCAUUUUAUAUUAUUCUUAUUUUCGGUAUCUUUCUUGAUCUUAAUUACACAGAGACUGUGUGAUUUAAGUUUGGGGGAGGUACCAAGUGUCUAAUGUUUGUUUGAUUAAGCCUUGAGUCAUGCAUUGUUAAUAGAUAUUGCAUUAGAAAAAUCCCAAAAAAAAUUGAAAAACUUGAAAAAUCACAAAAACAAGCAUGUAGAUUCAUUUUUGUUUCAUUUGCAUUACUAGGAUCGAGUCUAGAGCAUUUAGGAUUGCAUCAUGCAUAGGGGACAAGGAUUAAACCUACCUUGCAAAGAACUCAUGCUUAGAACUGAAUUUGAUAUCCUUUGUAAUCAUGGCAAGUAGCUAGAGCAUCCUUUGAAAGACUUGUAGACUUCGAGCCUUGAACACUCCUCUUGAAACUCAUUGAUUGUUGAAACUUACUCAUCUUUGAAGCCAACUCCAAUCUUAAUUGAGCUGAAUGAACUUAAUGCUUCUUGCUUAUGGUCUCUUGAGUACUAAGUCAUGGCUUCAUACACACUUGAGUUUGUCUCUCCACUUUUAUCAUUUCUACCUAUCUUUCGACAACUCAAGUGGUAGUCCACUCCUUAAACCCUUCCUUCCUUUCAAGCCAUCAUUAAUUGUUGAGAGAGGUCUUUUUGGAAAGUUUUACAUGUGCAUAAUGUUGAGAGUAAUCGGAACGACAAUGUUUGGUCUCCAUUAUUGCUAGCUAUAAGACUCACACUGUCUAGCUACUAGGAUGGGAUGGUUUUGAUUUGAGAGUUUGAUCUUGGGAGUGUGAACAAAAGUAUGAAAAGAGUCUAAAAGAAAAUUAGUCACUAGGGACUAGUGAGGAGAAAAUUAAAAAAAAAAAAAAGAGUGAAAAGGAAAAGAAGGAAGCUCAAGAGUGUAUAAAAGUUUUGAAAACUCUAUAUAUAAAAAAAAAAGAGAGAGAGCUUAAGCUAAGAAAAGAGUGGAAAGUCCCUAGUUGACAAAGAAAAGAAACAAAAAGCUCAAGUGGAAGGAGUGUCAUUUAAGUGAUCUUAGAGUUUUGGGUGAGUGAAAAAGGGUUGGUCAUUGGGAAAUAAGAGUAGAACUUGUAUAACAUUUGGGAAAAGGGUAGAACAAUGGAGAUUGAGCAUUGUAUGCAUGAAUUGUUCCUUUUCUUAGAUAUAUUAUGCAUAAUGUCAAGGCUACUAAGUUUUUGAGAGUAAGUCACCUUAAAAAGAAAUCAUUUGAGCCUCUUGAUUCACUAUACAUUCUAGCCAUUUCUUUCCAAACCAAAUGACUUGGACCAGUUGACCAUUUGUGAGAAUUCAAUUAUGAUUUUGCUAAAUGAAUGUGAGAGUUGGUUGAUUUGUUUGUUUGUGAAUUCAUGAUGAUGAGUGUAGAGAUCAAAGGGGUUAGGAUAGGCCUAGAGAAGUUAGAGUUAGAAGAAGUCUUUGCCCUUGCUAUUUGAUAUGAUUGUGCAAGGAUAUCAUGUUGAUGGCUAAGAAGAGUUCUUUUGGUGAUGAGCCCCCACCUUCAAACUUCUUCUCCUUCUUUGCUUUGAAAGUUUACUUGUGGACAAGCAAAAGUCUAGUUUGGGGGAGUUGAUGUCUUGAGAUUUUACAUGAUUUACUUGUCAUUUUUAUACUUAUUUGAAUCACUUAGAAUGCAUUUAGAGUCCAAUUAGGUGCAUAGCAUAUGCAUAUGUGGUAUUGUAGGUUUGGUGAGGCUCAAGUUGGAGAUAUGAAGGUUUAAGCAAGAUAAGUGGGCUUGAUGGAGUUGAGUAGAUGAGUUGGAGUGGAGUUGAGCGACCGCGGGUGUACAUCGCGGACACGAGCGGUCCGCAGAUUCCGAUCCGAGAAGGCCGUUUGGAACGGACAAAACGCGGCCAUGCAGCGCGGCCUGAUGGUGUCCGCGGCAUGAUCCAAGCUGAAGGGCGCUGCUAUACAACGCGGGCUCGUCUUGUCCGCGGAAUUCAGCCAGAGGCCCCAUGUUCGGAGAGCGUGAACCGCGGCCGUAUGACGCGGCCACCAGCCGUCCGCGGUGAAAGACGAGACAACGGACGCGGACGUACACUGCGGGUCGAUGGAGGCCGCGGAUUUGAGUCCGAGACAGCAUGUUCUGAACGCACGGACCGCGGCCAUGCAACGCGGACUGAGGCCAUCCGCGGCCGAUACCGAAGCUGUCUUAUCCAUUUGUUUUUCGGGUCAAACCCGGGUUUGUCGGGUUGACCCGGUUCGAGUUUUAAACCUCUAUAAAUACUUUUAAGACCUAAUUUUAGGGAUUAUCUUGUUUUCUAUCUAAUCACAAAAGAACGUUUAGGUGAAAGAUCCUAUCUUGAUCAUUUUUCUCUUGUGAUUGCUUGAUUAUCUUGAUCACUAAUCAUGAUUAGCACCAAAUCAUCUUUGAUUCUUGGGCUCAUCAUGGAGAGUAGUGAGUAGUCAUCUUUGGAUUCAUGGGUUAGGGAGAUUAAGGGUGAUUAAGCUAGAUCUAAGGUGUUUAGGUAUAGAUCAAUCUUAUUCCUUGCUAGUAGAGUGCUUUUAAUGCAACUCUAGAGUUGGCCUCUCUAAAGUUGAGCUCUAGGCAUUUCAUACCCGGAAGGUGUUUGAUGAAAUGCCUGAACCAACUCUCCUAAGCUUUUAACAUUCUUUACCAAAGGGAUUUGUUGUUAAAGGUGUUAAGAUGGCUAGUAGACUUGAGAUUAAUGAUUACUUAGAUAACAUUCAACCAAAGGAAUUUGAUGCUUGAGUUAUCUAGGUAAAUGAGCAUUCAUCUAGGGAUAGAGUUUGCUUAGGAUUGUGUCUAGGCCUAAGGUAGAUAUAGAUUGGUUCAAAGUUGACACCUUUAGAUUGAAUCUUGAUCACCCAAGAUCAAUUCCCAUAGCCCAUGAGUUCUCCCUUCUUAUAAGAAAGAAAGCUUUGUCCUUUAUUGCAUUUUAGGUAGUAAUCUAGUUUAAAAACAUCUCAAAAACUGGUAGCACUUAGAUUAAGCAUGGUCUUGCAUUCUCUUUGCUUUAGAAUCACUUAGAACUGGUUUGACAUCCUUUAUAUUACAACAUUUGAUUAGGAGCCUUGAAACUCCUAUCAUCACCAUACGUAAAAGAUCUAUUUUUUUAUCAGUCAGUGUCGAACGGCGUGCUUAUUAUCAGAAAGAGACAAGAAAACAGUUUUCUCUCUCAUCUCUGUUCUCUCUCCCGUAUCCUUCACAGAGAGGAGAUUGAGAAAGCUUUGUUGAUUUUUACGGUGGUUUCCUUCGCCGUCGUUCAAGCCUCUCACCGGCUUCGGUCUCAUCCGACCGGUUUUGGUCUCCGGCAUCGCAUCUGUCAUGAUGGAUGGUCGGCUUUUGUCUCCGGCUUUCUCACCUUCCUAUCCGGUGAAGAACGGCUGGCUCCUGUCUCCGCGUCGCACUUUGCUUUGUGUUGACGGUGGCUUCUCCUCGGGUUCAUCCCGAUUUUGUUUCAGUCUACGGUUCUUGUGGUUCCUCGUCGCAAUCGACUCUCUUCUAAUCUCCUGUCGUCUGAUCUUUCUCCCCUCGUCAGAGGUUGUUUCAUCUUCGCGCUUUCCUUUAUCUUUAAAGGUGACCGAACUGCAUGCCGGAAAGUUGAUGGUUGACUGAUCGAUUGAAGACGAUUGGUUUCUUUUCCGAGCCGUAGACCUUCAAAGCGUCUGGGUUUCUGUGAAGGCUGCUCUCCGUUGAUGGAGCUCAUGCGAUUAAACCGCUGGCGUUAUGGCUCUUCAAUUUGCUAAAAUUGUCCGACGGUCUCUUCUUCUCCGGUAUCAUGUUUCCGGUGUGUCCGGUGGAUCUACGUGAAGUUGCUCCGGUGAUGAUUUUUUUGUCGUGAAGAUCGGUGGCGUUUCAAUUCUCGGACACGUGUCUCUCCAUCGCUAACAAUAUAACGCGUGGAUGUGUUCGGGUUGACUCACCUUCUUCAUUUUGAGCAUUUUUUGUCUGGUUUCUUUUUGGGCUUUUUUCUAGAUGUGUUGGGUCUUUUGUUUUCCCUUGGUUGGGCAUCCUUGUAUUUGCUGGUCUCUAGCCUUUGUGCUUUUAUAAUACAAGAUGACAAAAAAAAAAAAGAGAGGCAAGAAAACCGGCUACGGAAAAACGGAAAUAGUUUCCAAUACGUACUUGAGGCUACUACUGUAAUUUCAACAAUGUCAAUCACACGGUUCGCAAAUUAAUUGUAAAAAAAAUGCACACUUUACCAAUUUCAACACUGAAUUUGUAUAUUCACCUAAAUAGGUCUAUAUACAAAUAGGUUUUUUAAUUUGUAAAAAAAAAAAAAAAAUCAGGCUUCCAAAUUAUUGAAAUCUUUCUUAAUCCGUCAUAAUUCCCAAAAUCUCGAGACUGGCCUUGCAUGAAGUAAAUAAUAAUUGAUUUUAAAAAAUUGUUAUAUUUGUUUAUUCCAUGGUAGGUCUGAGAGAACGUGAAUUGUUAGAUUUUUAACCAUGAAAGUAUGUGGUGAUCAUUAUUAAAACAGAACGGAUAUGUCUUAUAUGGACAUCAAAACUUCAAAAUUAUUUUGUGGAUAUCAAAAAUUGAAACUUGAACGUGAAAAAAAAAGAAAAAAAAAGAAACUUGAACGUGAUGCCAAGUAGGCCUCAGCCGGAUCCGGAUAUCCAAAAAAUUUAGGGUAUCCGGAUCUGGAUCCGUCCAUUUAAUAUCCGGAUCCGGAUUCGUGGAUUUAAUAUCCGGAUUCGUGGUUUCCGGAUAUCCUGAUUUCGAAUAUCCGUCUUUUUAUUCUAUUAUUUACACAUAUCCGGAUCCGUCAAAAUAAUUAAUUUUUAAAAAAGUACUAAAAUUUUAAAAAUAAUACAUAAAUUAAAUAUUUAUAGAAGAUUUAUAUAUGUCUAUAAUAUUGUAAAAACUAAAAUAUAAUAUUAUAAAAUUAAUUUAUGUAUAAAUAUUAUUAUAAAAAAUAUUAAUAUUAAUGAAAUUUAAAAAUUUAAUGUGUUUUAAAAAUACGGAUCCGGAUCCGAAUAUCCGGACCUAAAAAUUAAGAUAUCCGGAUCUGGAUUCGGUUUGGACGGAUCCAAGAUUUUACUAUCCGGAUUCGGAUCUGGGCAUCCCAGAUAUCCUAUUUUUGGAGCGGAUCUUGUAUCGAAUCCGGAUCUCGGAUAAUAAGUCUCAGACCUAAUGCCAAAUACAAUAUGAUAUAUAUAUAUAUAUAUCAGAAUAGUAUGCAUAUGUUUUGAAUGUGUCAAAUCAAACAGUGAAUGGAAAACCUUUAUAUAUAUAUCUUUAAAUAGUUUAUUUUUUCUUUUUUAAAAGUAGAUUUCUAAAAGGUUUUCCAUUCACUGUUUGAUUUGACACAUUCAAAAGAUAUGCGUACUAUUCUGAUAUGUUCUGAUUGUAACGGCAAAUCCAAACAUAACGCUAAAUUUGUGUUUUGGUAUCCUAGAUAUAUUAUUAAAUGUAUUUCCAAAAAUAACAUCAAAAAAAUAUUUUAUAUAUUAUUUAUUUUGAAUAAUAUAUAUUAUUUAAUUUGGAAUUUUAACAAAUAAUAAUAUUCAUCUAUUUUAAAUUAACCCAAGGAAAUUUAUUGCAAAAAUUUGGAGACUUCAUGUGACAACAAAGAGACUUAUGUAAAGCAGUAAAGGUAUUCUCACAACAGAUUUUUUCUACUGAAUGAAGACUUCUGAAUAAAUAUGCCCAUUGAGCAUAUUUCUAGAGAUGUGUUCAUACGUUGAUUUGCAAAUGCAAAAUAACAUAAACAGAGAAUUCUCAACAAGUCUGUGCAACAAGACUUUAUUACUUCAUUUGAUGUCUUCUCGCAUAGAGUUCUUGAGAUUCUCCUCCAAAAUAUUUCUGUAGAAGACUUUCUCGUUAAUUUUAAUAAACUUUCAUUUUCUUCAAAUUCAAAAUAAAUUUUUAAGAUUUUCUUGUUCAUUGGUGUGUAUAUGUUAAUUAUGGAGUUUCAGAAUGAAUUUUAUAACUUAAUAAUUCUUAAUAAUGAGAUUAGAAAUAUAUUUUUUUCUAUAUGCUUGUAAAUAAUAAGAAUAGACUUCUUGAGAAAUCUGAUCUCAUUAAAUUUUUGAAUAUGAUUUGUCUACUUUUGCUUAUCGGGUGUAUGUAGAGAGAAACAUUACAGUUUUGUUGCAACCAUUUGGUUUAAAGUGAGAGAAUAUGUAAUGUUUUCUAUAAAGAGAAAAAAAUUUCAAUUAAGUGACAAAAUUUAGAUGUAGGGCUAGGCAUUUGGAGGCCAAUCAGGUUUCGGUUUAAGUUCAAUAGGAUUUAGGUGUAUAAGACUUCUGAAGAAGACUGCUAUUGCCUUACAAUUUGGCAGACUCUUGAAGAAGUCUCCUAACUUUUAGAAGUCUCAUACAGUUAAACCUAAAAUCAAUACUUGAACAAGAUAAUCAUAACCCUUCAUUAGAAAAAAAAAACAACUUAUAAUUUUUAAUACAUAUAAUA